AUGCAGAGCAGAAGUUCAGUUAAAUCAAAUAAAUCAAGUGGAAAUAUGAAUUUGAAUGCUAAUGAUCAACCAUCAUCAUCAUCCCAAUAUGUUAUCAAACUUAAUAGAACUCCAAGUUAUUUAACACCAUCGCAAAGAUUGAAAUUAAGAAAAAUGAACUUGAAUAAUUCGAUAGCUCAAUUUAAAUUUGAUGAAACAAAUAUAAAUAGGAAUAAAAUGUCAUAUAAUAACAAUAACAAUAACAAUAACAAAAAACGCGGUGUAAUAAUAGAUGAUAAAGACGAAAUUAUCGAUGAUUAUGUUUUCAAUGUCCCUUAUAGUCAAGAAUUAACCUCUAUAAAUCAAAGAGAUAAAUUUUUAUUUGAUAAUCAAUCAAGAACUUUUUCAUUUUCAACAAAUGAUUCAACAAGAACAAAUUCAAUAAUAUCUCAUGUUAGUUUCAAUGAUUCAGUUUCAUCAAUAGGAUUUGAAGAUGUUUCACCAAUAACUCCUAAUGAACAUAAAUUCUAUAAAAAUUUAAAUCACUCAAAUUUGACAAAUCAAGAUUUUAAUAAAAUAUCAAAAGAAGCUCAAGAAUUAACUGUUUUAUUUAAUAAAGAUGAGUUUUCUCAAAUAUAUGAGGAAAGUUUUCAAAAAAGAAAACUAUUAUCAAAUUUUAAAAAUCUACAACUUAUUAAAAAUAAUAAAGUUGAGAGUAAUCAACAUCACACUUUUACGAGACCAACUUGGUUACCUCCAAAAUCCGUAAAUGAGAAAUCAAAACAUCAACAAGAUGCAGAUUAUAUACUAUACAAUGCAUUAUACAAAGAGAAUCAAUUACAACAGAAAAGAUUAAUUGAAUUAAAUAAAAAUAUGAAGCAAAGAAAGCACGAUAUAUCGAAAUGGGAUUCAAAUUUAUUAAAAUUAACAGAUAAAAACCAAAUUGAUUAUGAUAAAUUAAAUGAAAUGAUCUUUACCGGAGUUUCACCCGAGAUUAGAAACAAUGUAUGGUGGAAAAUUAAUUUAUUAAAACAUAAUAAACUAUUUAAUGAAUCAUUUUGUGAAAAUUAUUUUGAUAAAUUUCUAAUUAUUCAGUCAAAAUUAAAACAUUUAAAUUAUUUAAAUGAUAAUCAAGAAAAUAUUGAAAUAAUUAAACAUGAAUUAAAUUCAAUUGUUUUGCAUUUUAAACUUUCAAGUUGGGUAAAAAUUUAUAAUCAAGUUUACAAAGAUUUAUUGAACAGUUAUCCUGAUUUGAAUUAUUUUCAAGAUAAUCAAAUAAUGAAUAAAUUGAUAAAAACAAUAAUUAGCUUUAUUAUAUAUUUACAAGAACAGUUUCCAGCGCUAAAUAAUGAAGAUGAUGAUUGUAUUUUCCAAUACUAUUUCCCAGGUUUAAUUCAAAUAAUUUCGAUUUUUUAUUAUAAUUUUAAAAAUACUUAUAAAACUUUUGUUUCAAUAUGUCAAUUAUAUCAAUAUAGAUUACCAAAUAUGAUUUUAACUUAUAAAUUGGGUCCUAAAGAAACUCAAUCAAUCAUUAAAGAUUCUUUAAACAGUUAUAUAAUUUAUAAAUUCGAAAAUUUGUUUAAAAAACAUUUGAAUAGAUUAUUUGUUCAUUUCAAAAUUCAAAAUGUGUCUACUUAUGAUUAUUUACCAAAUUUGAUAUUAAGUUUAGGCUUAAAUUUGUUUAAUUUUGAAAUUUCAAAUCAUAUCUUAGAUUUUAUAUUAUUGAGUUUCAAUAAUGAUGAAAUUAUUGUCAAAAUAAUUUUGAAUUUUAUAAUUAAGAUACAGCAUAAAUUGUACGGUUCAAAAAAUGAAAUUUUAAAAAAUUUAUUAACGAUAAAUACUAAUAAUGAUGAUUCAAUAUUUACAUAUGUAAAUGUAGGUUACGAAAUUGAAUUUAUAAAUUUAUUGAAAAAUAUAUAA